UCUGGAGUUCCGUUUCUCGCACCGAGUAGUGAAUUACUGGAAUUCUACCGGAACACGUAAUAUCAGCACCGUCUGUUAAUAUAUUCAAAACGAGGUUGGACCUCCACAGUAUUACAAACUGCAAGGAUUAAUAUAGGUCAAUAGACCUCUUAUCCUUAUUACUGAAGAGUGAGACAGGAAAUUAUGCAUUGUGUGUUCAGAUUCCUCAGUUGUAAUCACUGUACUAAGUAUGCAUUAUCCGAAGAUUCGGAAGCACACAUAAUUUCAGAGAAGUCUGGUUCUUGGGGUUUCCUGACUUUUUUACACAAGAAUAAGAAAUGAUAAGAAUGUAACCUCAGUUUACUUCCUAUGUAAGUCUGGGUUCUUACUUAUUAUAUUUUGAAUUAGAUUAUUUUUGCUUUCCACUCAUAUGCUAAUCAUUCGUUGUCUUAUCAGCCCACAUUUUCUCAUGCUCUUACAUUAUUUUGAUGGUAUCACCUCUACUUAAACUCCUAUAGGAUGCAUACCUCGCAAUUUUCCUUACAAGUAACAUUUGUUGGAUUUUCUGCACAUAUUCAGUCUCCCUUUGAUUAUAACUCAAUGAACCAUUUUAGGUGUUUUCAUGGCAUACGUAUGAUACAGAUUAAAUAAACAACGAGCGAGAAUAAUUCGUGGACGAACCAAUCACGUAUAAGAUAACAGGUCUCGGGUUUUGGCUCGAAAUUCACUUCGGCUAAUUAGAGUUUCGACAUUAUAAAUGAUGUCAGUUCGUGAUGAAAACCAUAAAUCUAGUUUUUAACCUUAAUCAUCAACUGUAAAUCAUAAUUCUAGUUUCUCACACAGAUUUAUAACCCUAUUUGGUACUGGUUAUUAGGUGGACACUCUCAAGGUAAGUCUAGCGUCGCUCAUAGGUCGUCCAUAGACUAUAGUCUGACCGUAGCGCGAGUAAGAUUUUGUCCUGAAUCAUCAUACUUAUAAGAUAUGAUAUGGUUCACCAUAUCCACUGACAUUCACAUGACCAAGCUAUAACAUUUUUGGGCAGUUAAUUUCGGGAUGGACAUAAAAUGGUUGCUCCAAAUCACCGUAGGUUUGUCGGUUUUAGUUUCUAUAGAUAGUAAACUUGUUUAGUCAUUGCAUUUGCAUUGUUACUCAAACGAAAUAAACUAGAAGUAGUCCGGCGUGGAGUAGAAAGUUUAUCACUUUUCCAUUUUUUAAAUAGUCUUGUCACUAUUCGUGAAGUUCAUUGUGGACUGAAUAGACAUAUUUUUGUGUAACGUACUGGUAGUGAACUUACAUAACGUUUACUACUUUUUGGCUUAUAGAAAGUUCUAUCCUUCGGAAUUAAGCUUUUGCCUUCUAUCCUAGAUCCUUUUAUUUCUCACAACUUUUUAGUGGGAUGACCGUAACGAGUGGUUGUGUGAAACUUAAAAAGGACCCACAGAAUCUAGUGGGUAUAAGUAUUGGAGGGGGAGCCCCAUACUGUCCGUGCCUUUACGUUGUUCAAAUAUUCGACUCCACGCCAGCUUCAGAAGAUGGUAGUCUUCAAGCUGGGGACGAAAUAACUGGUGUCAAUGGUAUAUCUGUAAAAGGCAAGACGAAAGUGGAAGCUGCACGACUCAUUCAAAGUUUCAAGGUAGGUGUUAACUUUGUUUACCCCACCUAAUCGUGUUGUUUGUGAUAUUGUUACCUUAAUUAAUUUAUGUGCGUCAAGUAAUAAUGCAUUAGUGUUAAGGCUUUAUUAGAUAUAUGAACCUCAAAAGCUUAUUUUAAAUCUUGUGAGUGUAGGGUUUGGUCAGAAUAACUUUAAAUCGUUCAAUCUUAGACAGUUACAAAAUCAAGGAACUCUCAUGGUGUUAUGUUCUUGAUCAUUUUCAUCUGAGAUUGUACUCACCUUGUUCUCCUUAUGUCUCUUGGCAAAAUAGUAGCUAUAAUUCCCAAAUUAAGAUCCUUAUUGCAAUCUUUCUUUUAUAUAUUACCACCUCUGAAUUAACUACUUAUAUGAAUCCGAUGUCCAUCUUGUUGUGUUAAUGAGGUAUGGCAACUUGGACCGAUGCAUAUAUGUGCCUGGUCCUACGUUGUAGCUGACUAACUGAAUUCCCAAUUAAACCAGUUUUCAAAUAAAGUAUUUCUGUUUUACAUGCUGUGGGUCCCACUUUUCUAAAGCCGACCUUUAUGCAAUAUAAUUAGUAGUCUAGGAGAACCAAAAUUACUUUAUACAGUUUCGAAUUUUUGAAACGUGUGAACCUGAAACCUUAAGCAAAACUCCUUUAUUUAUUUUAUUUUAUUUAUUUAUUCAAACAUGAACAUUGGUACAAGAAGGCACCAAAUAAGUAUGUGCCACAUGAAUCGCUCGAUUUGUGUGAGGGCUGGGAUACUGCGCGGGUGCCCAAACCGGAGUAGGUGGUUUUCUUAUGGGGCCACACCCAGAGCCUUUGACCUGAAAGUUUAAUCCACGAGGCAGUGAAGCAACGUCUGGGUAUGCAGUCCCAUGGUAGCCGGUAACUAACGAUUGGUUCAUACUCCAUUUGUUCCUUCAGCAUACUGGAGCCCAUGUGCAAGAUUGGUUUGGAAUCAGGGUUUUCCGAUUCGCCUAGGUGGACUCUACGUGUCCACCAGACAUUCGCUUUUGGUCCUCUCAGCUUCGUAAACAACACCCCCGUCACGAGAAGGCAGUGAAUAGGACUUCCCUAGCAGUGGUUGUAUGCACGUGGCCAUGUGAUAGCAUUUCGAGAGAGAGCUGACUCUAACCAUUCUCGGUCGUACCAGGGUAUUUGGAGACCUUGUAUUAGUUGACACUCAUCGAUUAUAGUCAACCACAAGAGACAAACAUUUCGAUCUCAAUAAGUUGUCUUGUGAGUCUCACAACUCACUACCUAUCUACUAGUGGUUUUGCAGUUCUUGCAUUAAUCGUAAACCAUCGCCCAGUUUGGAUAAAACAAAACGCCAUCAAAACUAAAUUAAUAUGACUCCCAUCUCCUUUAUCCCUUAUCAGUUAAUUUCUUUCAUGUGGGUUUUGAUGAAGUGCUAUUAAAUUCAUCUCGUUACCCAUUGCCUUAUAACUUUUAUAUUCCCAUACCUUUCCUCCCAGUUAAAUGAAGUGUCUGCCAUUAUGCCUUCCUAAAUGCUUAUACUUCGUCUCAAAACUCAUAAUUUAUAGUGAAGCAACUUACAGUAUUGGGUCGAUAUCUAACUAAGUGUGCAUAAAUUGUACCCGUAUGAUAUACUUGUAACACAGUGAUUUCCGUCAGGAUAUGAAACAUAGGGUCUCGUGUAGGACAUAAGAUUUAAUCUGGAAAUUACCAUAAACAACGUAACACCAUAAAAAGAGGGAGAAUGGAGUUACUGACCAUUAAGCAAUGAUGGUGAGGGUAAUGAUUCCAAGCCACUUAUAUUUGUGGGGCGGAAAGUUUUCAGUGUAGGAUUUUAGUUCUUUUCUCAUCAUAUGCCUAAAUAGUUCCGAGUUUUCUACCCAAAGGUAGUAUAUUUAAGGAAAAUAUAACCUAUUGUGCAACCACAAAGUAGAAUGUAUUCACCAGACUAACUUGGAUCAAUUGACGGAACUAUUGAUGUAUAAUAUAAACCACCGAUCAUCUUUGACUCACGAUGUUAACUACAGCAGAUUUUAGACCGAUAGCAGUUUAUUAGGCUAUUAAUUAAUUGUCUAAAUUUCAUGGCCUAUGCUAUAUUGAAAUAACAAAUUAUUGGUUCGCAACACUAGUCGACACAAAGUAGACUCAUCUAAAGAACUAAGUUGAAAAGAUUUCAGUUAGUCACCUACCAACAUGUAUUGUGUAACAGCUGAUUACACUAAGUGGGGGUUGCACUUCAAGUGGUUAAAGGCCAACCGUUUGGACUGCUAGGUCACAGAUGAAAAUAUAAAUAUGUCUGGCCUUUUUCUUGAUGUAAAAUGUGCAGACAGUGAUGUAUCUGCCUCUAUUUCACAUAACCUUGCUGUCGUUACUUUGUCUUUACUGAGUUUCGAAGUUUGGUGGUUUCAGUUUGUAUUAUUUUACCCUCUACAUUGUCCUAGUUGUUUGGCAUUGUAUAGCUUGCUCAAGGAAAAAGGAAGUUAUCUAUAUUAUAAAGCUUUUUUCUUAUCCUAUAAACAAAUGUGUCUUAUUGCGAUUCCGUACUCUAAAUUCCUGACAAAUUGUUAUAACAAUAUGUACUUUCCUAAAUUUACAGACAUUUUCAUUCUCUGUUUAUUGUAGGAUGAAGUAAGAAUUAACUAUAACAAACUUCAUGCAGACCCAAAACAAGGAAAAACGCUAGACUUAAGUAAUUGUUACUUUCUUUACUUAGAUUAUCAUAACCAUCCUAUCACAGUAUUAAAAAAGGUGAAACAUCGUAUUGUUGAAACGAUGGAAUCUAGUACAGCCGAUGCUUUAGGUCUAAGCCGAGCUAUUCUUGUAAAUGACGGUAUGGUUAAAAAGUUGGAAGAACUCAAUAAAACAUCAAAUGUGUUUUCGGGUAUGGUAAAUCAUGCAAAAAAGUUGUUACGUGCAAUCUAUGAACUUUCUCGUAUCUAUGCUGGUAAGAUGUUUUAAUAAAUGUUUUCUUUCAUGACAGUCAUACCGAGGUUCACUUAGCUCUACUUGGUUAUUGGUUUAUUUUUGCGUAUCUAGUACUCCAUAGAGCGUAUUGAAGAACUGUAAUUGGGUUAAUGUGCAUAAAUUAACAAGGUGUAUACAUUUUACGCAAUGUUGGGUACUUGCUCCGAGGACUCAACAUCCUACCGUAUGAUCACACCUUGAAAUAUAUCACUGUAUACACAAGUGCGCCGGGUUCUACAUUACUUAUGACUGACAUACUACGGUUUAUACUCAGCCACUAUUUGCUAUCUUGAUGUGACGGUUUUGUGUACGUACUACAUUUGAUAUUGAGAUUUUGAUUAGGUGACACAAUGUCAGUUUUGAUGUUAACCAAAGUUCUUGUUUGACGGUAAUAAGGUAUUGCUAUAGCUACUAGUAGUAGUACCUUCAAAAAAUGUCUUACUUAUUGCCUGAAUUCCCAUUCUGUUUCUAUAGUUCAGUAACGAUUGGUGAGGUUUUUGAUGGGACCCAAGAAAUUAUCAAGUGAUGACUCAACAAAUGACGCUCGAUUGGUUUUUGGAACCUAUAAAAACGAUAGUAUAUUAGUGAUUAUGCGGUGUAAACAGAACCUCGAUACCUGUUUAUCUAAAUAGAGUGAGAAAUGUUAAUUUAGCUGACAGUUUACAAUUUAGUCCCAUUCCUAUCAAGCGGGUAAGUUAAAUAACUACUAGUGUAAGUUGUUGAACAGUUUCGGGGUAACAGACCUUCAUCUGCCUCAAUAGUAUGAAAACCCAAUUCCCUACCACUAAAUCAUGUGUGUGAAUCUCACUUCUUCUGUGAAAGCAAGCUGCGGUGUACUUAUUAUAUUCUCCACUUAACAAUCAGCCAGAUUACCGUUAUUACGACAAUUACCAUCGGUAUAUACUAUCCAGAAAAUGAAAAUUGAAUGAUAAAAAUUUCAACGUUUUGUGCAGAAUCGACGGGCAUCAAAAUGGGGAUUCAUGAGAUAAUAAAAUAUCAGUAUAUUGGCAUAAUUAUGUCAAAAAUAUAUACUUUGUGUAGGUCCAUAAAGAAAUCCAUGUUACCGAAUCCAAGUGAAAUACUAGAAAGAAACAAGGACAUAUAUUUAGUCCAAAAAUUGAAAUGUCAGGUUUCUUAGUGGAUACAUAAGAAUUGUGUGAAAUUAAAAUGCAGGGUGAAAAUUACGUUUAAGUCAAAAAUAUUUUAUUGUUAAGUAUGUUGGCAGAUGAUGGCAGACAUUGUUUUCACUGUUUGUAAACACUAUAAACCUCUUAUGAAAGCCUUAAGCACCAAACAAUAUACUUAUUCAUAGAGGGACAUAAGACACUUAGAAUUUAUUUCCCGGUCUACGUCCAACAUAUGGCACAUUAGUGAUAAAAUCAGCACAGUUGCAGACUCAUUGUGCCAACUUAUCAUUGAUACGUUUCAGACCGAUUACGUCUAUAUUGUACGAUUAUCUCAAAAAAUGGAUGUAGAUAAAGAUGUGAAGGGAUUGGUAAUAAGUCGAAAUACUUUGGAAUUAUAAGCCUUGCCCCUUCGCUGACGCCCUGAGCGUAAUCCAUGAUACGUUCACAAACUAGUCGAGAUUCUUCUUAUCGCCAUCACUGAGAAAGCCAAUAUUCGACAAAUCACACCGAAUUUUCUAACAAUCGACUUACGACUAAAUUAAUUAGUGAAAGGUACGUGUGGACAGAAAUGAACGAUGAUAUCCAACAUUUGGUCCAUGCCUGUUUAGUAAGCCAAAGAUUUAAAGUGCAUUAGCAACUACUUCUACUGAAGCACCCACUGAACCGGAUAGUAGAUUCAACUAUUUCCACGUAGGAACCGUUGGACCGUUGCCACCACCAAAAGGAUAUACGUAUAUUUUAACGUGUAAUAAUGGAUUUACAAGAUACCAUUGGAAGAUAUGACGGCAACAACAUUGCCAAAAAUUUCGCUAAGCGUUGACUAGUGAAUUUCAAAGUACAAGCACUAAUCACAAUAGAUGGGCGCGUUCUUGAGUAUUAAAAGAGUUAGGGCUACAACUUAUCAUCCAAUCACGAAUGAAAUGGUCUAGCGAUCCUACCAACGAUUGAAAGUAUACUUAAUAGCAGUACAUAAUAGUGAUAAAUUGCCCACAACUGUGCUUAGUAUUUCUACCAUUAGGCGAGAUUUAAGUUGUGCUACAGAGUUAGUAUAUGGGACACAAUUAAGAUUGGCGGGAUAAUAUUUUUGACGAGCAAGAGAAGCUCUAAUCAGUACAAACGUUUGGAUAGCUGCCUGGCUCAAAGUCGAGUACAUGCAACUGUACUUGUUAAAUGAGUUAUAUUAAUAUUGUUUUUAUUUAGUCUUCAUGUCACAAAUAUUAGUCGUAGUCUGUGGUUUAGUACAUGAGUCUGUAUGUGGUUGUUGACUAUUAUUAUCAUUAACUUAUAACCUCAGGAGAAUUCUCUCUAUAAGUAGUACCUAAUUCUUAUCUCCUCAGUCGUUAUAGUCACCCAGUUUUUUAAAAUGUAGCAGAUUGGUUGUAUCAUUGAGCUGUGGAAACUAUUCAUAUAUUCCCAUUACUCAAAGUCAAUAUUAAGGUCAUCACAUGUGUUGGAGUUUCUGUACAAGUUAUUUUCGAAACCUUUCUGAAAGAAUAGUUGUAAGAUAGGAAACUUUCUUAUGCUAAAUCCACUAGUAAUAUUGCUUCAUUUUGUAAUAAGAUGUAAAAUUGACAGCAUGAAUUAAUAAAUGUGGUAUUUAAUUUACACCUAAGUAUUAAAUUCUUUUGACAUAUUCAGAGAAACCUGUACAUGUACUCUCUUCCUGAGUAUAUCAAUGAAUGUAGUAGUUUGCUUAAAAUGUAAAGGUAACUAAGGAAGACAUAUCAGUCUUCACAGCUUUCAGCACUCGCCUUCGUUUGGACUUAAGAUGUGACUUAAUAUUGCUUCAGUAUGUAGAUAUGUUUUAUAAUUGUUGUAUUUCAUAUAUGCAUUCGAUUUCAUAGAUUUCCCCAUUUGGGGAAAUAAGUCGUUUUGGGUUUCUUUACCAAUUUGAUUCCCUGGUCGGAAUGGAGAGAAUAUUUUUGUAUUUGUAGCGUUGUUCAGUAUUCCAAAACAUAACAAUUUCAUUGGUAAAUCUUCAUAUGAUUGUAAAUUUAUUCUAGCAUAUUAUCGAUGCUGCUUGCUUAAAAUACCCAUUAUGUGUUUAUUCAACUGGUAUUUUAUUUUACUUGUUAAGUAUUGGGAGACACAUUUUCAGAAAUUGGCGUUAAAGAGCCCAUGACAUGCACAAGCGAAGCAUUUACUCAGUUUGGUACGAUUCAUCGAAGUAUGGAGCGUUUUUCGAUUGAAAUGUUGAAAAAGAUUAAGCCAGUAUGUCAUCUAAUUUGAUAAGAAAUACUUUUUCAUUAAAGCUUGAAGUUUCCUAUUAAUUAAUAAUGGCCAAUUUUGCAGAUUCGAUGCUACUGAGCAACAUUCUUAUAAAAAAUUCUGGAUAUCUGAAUUGAAAUUAUCUGACCAACAAGCCACCUUUUUCUAUUUUUAUUUCUAACUUAUCAGUAGUGUUCUCAGACUAAUUCAUUGCAGGAGUCAAUGAGGAAGACAAUCAAAAUAAAUAUCCAGACAAUGACGGGGGGACAUGUUGAAAAUAGUCAUUUAAAUUUAAUGACAACAAAGCUAUUAGCCGUAUGCGAAAAAAUUCUGACAGCUCACGUGUGAUGUCUAGAAACGAUUCAAUCCCUAAUCUCAAAGAACUUAGCUUCACCAAAACUCAUUCGCUUCCUAAUGUUUCUUUUCCCAUCAUCAACUUCUCUGGAUUUCUUCGCUUACGCGUACGUAAUUAGUGCUAACCAUUCGAGCUUUUGAAAUAUUAUAUUUUGUAUCGUUAAACCAUGCUCCAAAUUACAUACCGAACUGUUAUAACGCUCGGUUUUACUUCGCCUAAUGUUAUAACGAUUGAGUUUCCACGUUUACACGUAUGGGACGUUAAUUUACCUUAGACGAAUAUCUACACUAGAUUCCCUCCCAGUGUCUAUUCUACAGGGCUUCAACACAACUCAGAUUAAGAGCACGUGAUUAGCCUGACCACAACAUGAAUAUAUUUCCACACCAAAACCCGACACAAUCCAACAACAAUGAACAAUCAAUAAUAAGUGAUAAUAAUAAGGAUAGGGGAAUAUAUAACUCAUCAAACUAUCUACAUGUCUGACUAAGCAGACAACCAAUGAUUAUCAUUCUCGCUCACACAUUACGAACAUUUCAAUGUUCGAACCUUGUAUUAAAUCAUGCAAUAGGCUUCAACAGCAAAGGUUCUAGAAUCCAAUGCUACCGAUAUAUCCCGUAUCUGCGAAAUCUACAUGUGUACCAUAAGUGUGGUCAUUUAGCUUCUUCACCUACCCAAUUUGGAGAAUCAGCACGAUUCAUUUUUUGCGUGUCUGGUGAUUCGGCGACUACAUCCCACGUUCUUGUUGGCCUAGAUAUAAUAUUGAGUUCCAAAUCGAAACAGACAUUCUUGGGGUUAAUUACAACUCAUAGCCUGUUGUACUUUGUGAAGUUAAAUGAGAUAUGACUCACAAAGAUAAAGCUACAUGCCGUUGCCUCUUCGUAGUCUACUUUUGCUUUAGUAUAUGAGUUAGUAGCUAUAUGAGUCGCAAUAUAUCCUACAUCUGAAUUUAAAAAUCCUCUUAUUCCAACGGACCACUUACCUUAUUCAUUUCUUUUCCUACUGUGUCUUAUUUCUGUGUCAGAUUUUCAUAAUCUAUAUUGAAACUUUCCGGCUUCUAGAUUCUUACAAAUCCCGACGAUUCAGAUUUACUGAAUAAUAUACUCAGUUCGCUGUAAACAACAAAUCAUAUGUUACUGUCUUCAGCUCUCGUGAUGAACAGCCUUCACUAGUUAAAACGUCAGCACUAUCAGCUAAUGAUAUACGGUGGACAUUCAAGAUACUCAUUCAAAAGCAUAAUGUAUUCAGUGUCACUAAAACUUACCCAUAUAAUAAAAGAACUAUGGGAUUUAUUUCAUAGAUAUUUGUAUAUUCAUUGGGGUCGGAAGUUGAUUGCUGUCAACUAUUGCAUAUACACUCGCUAACUGAAUGUAAAAACGGGAAACCGUCGUUUGGGAGUUUAAUGUGACUUCAUCUAAACUGACUAACCUUCAUUAUUCCAAACCACAGUGAUUACAAUUGCAUAACGCAUAAGUAGCUUCAGAUAUGAAGACGGACUCUGAUAUUUGCAGGCACCUCUAUAUCUUACUUUAGUGCCCCACGUGGUAUGCGUCCUGGUUCUGCUGUUUGUCAUUUUUUAUUUAUCCGAUGGCCUUGGUUGUUUCUUCUAUUGUUUACGGAGUGUCAUCUAUGGGAAGGUGUGUGUUCUGUUUUGAUGUCCGGUAGGUUCAGUGAUGCCGGUCUAUUCAAGAGCUCUUAAAAAUGUUCUGUUCACCUGUCCUGCUGCUGUUGAUCCUAAAUGAUUGAUUUAUCUUUGUUCCUUACGGGUCUCGCUGAUUGAUCUACUAUAUUUCCCUGUAAGCUUUUUUUGGGAAUCAUAUGGUUCUUCCAUAUUUCCUUGUUGUCAGUUCGUCUACAUAUUUCCGCUUAUCAGCUCAUUUGUUUGCUUCUCAAUAUUCAGUCAGUGCCUUGACUUUCGUUGCUUUUGUUGACUGAUGCCGUCUUGUUUUUUCCUUUGUUAAAUCUAUCCAGGCGGUGUACAAAGAUCUAUUCUUUAUUUUGAUGCUUAUUGGGACUGAGCACCUCCUAACAUAUUAAAGCUAUUGCUUCCUUAGUUCUGAUAUGUCGAGAUAAGAAGGCGAGUUCACUCCUCUUACUUGAUGUAAGGUUUUAUGACAUCAGUCUUAUUCCCAGUGUAACAUUUUGAUAUUGUUUUUAUUCUCAACGUACGACUUCAUUCUAUGUGACAUUGUUUAUUUUCAGCCUGACGUUAAAUAUUGGUUUUAUACUUGUCACUCAGAUCUACCAGUCUCCCACCACUCCUAUUAUUUGUCUUUAUUCAUACCACUUCAUGUUGUAAUUGUACUUUAUGUUAUUCAUCCCGACUUUGGCGUUUAGGUCCACCAUAAGGUGUUUUCACACUCAUUUUCUGCGAUGAACCUUUUUUUUCUACAUAAAACCAGCUUUUUUCAUCACUCCCGUCAUUGAUGAGAGCAUUGCAUUAGAUGACCAUUGUUAUUUUUUCGUCGUUUUUUUUUAAAGAAUGCUUUGAUCAUCCUGGAACUUUCACAUACACAUGCUUAGAGUUGCAUAUAUAAAUAUCAGGAUGAUUGAAUAGAUUAGAGUAAUUCAUUUACCUAAAGGCUAGAAUAAAUCAAGUGGGGGUGCUAUAAUUAUUUGUAUAUUUGUCGGAAGAAGCAUAAUUUCAGCCAUAAGUUUUCAUAACUUGUCUUCAUGAAAACCUUCGUCUUCCAGGGCAUAGUUUCUCUGAUUACUCUUUUUACGUGGUGUGGUUUGUUAACCUCACGGCCAGGCCUCUUUUAUCCGGGCUUGGAACUUGAAGUAACCCCUAAGGGGGCUGAAGACGGAGUUCACAUCAAAUCUAUAAAAUCGCCAUACUGCAAUAAUUUAUAGUUUUUUUUCAUAAUUAAUUUAACUGUUUCACAAACCAAAUGGAGAUUAAAUCUAUUUACAAUCGAGUUACUUCGUUCACUUUUAUAGAAGCAUAUCAACUCUAACUUGCUAACCGUCCUGCUUACGUAAUUCAAAUAUUUCUGAUAAUACUUGAACCAAUAAAUGAAUUGUUGUAUGUUAAGACUGUAGAUUUAUAGCUAACAACUCUGCAAAUAACGGGAGUAUUAUCAGACCUAAGAGUAACAUUAUUCCACGGUGUUUCUCAAAAUUUCUGCAUAUUAUUCGUAUUUAAAAGCCAUCUUGCACAUUUCAUAACACAUUAGAAUUUGUAAUAAUUUUCCCUCUCAUUUCUGUAGUAAAAUGUUUUCACUUUUUGUUAUUCCACAUAGAUGAUCAUGGAUUUAAACACAUUUCUACAUAAAGCGGUUCCUGAUACAAAGUUAACAAUCAAAAAAUAUUUAGAUGUCAAAUUUGAAUAUUUGGUAUGCGAAGCGUUACUAAUUUUUCUUACUUCAGCUCGUUCUGUCCUGUUUUAAACUAAGUAUUUGACAAUCAAUUUGGGUUUGAAUUUGUUUUCGUUGUUGAACGUAGGAUAGUGUGAAUUUUCUACUUAAAUUUACUGAAUACCAUUGAUUGAUUUCUGUCUUGAAUUCGGUACAAGUAUCGGUUAUCUAAAUACAUUAUUUGUCUUACUUUUACAUACAAGAAAUUGAAGUCAACUGACAAACAUGUGAACCAAAACCAAUAAAAAUGGAUUAGUUUGUUCAACCGUUCUGUAACUACACAGCUGAACAAACCUAAUUAUAAUUAAAAGCCCCAUUGAUUUCAACAAUCUACUCUGUUACGAAAAUUCUCCGGUAUGACCUAUGUUGUCAAUAUCUGUAUUUAUUAUAGUUCAAAGGAAUUGUGGAGUAUGUUUUUUAUGUUCUUUAGUAUCUUGAAUAGAUAUAUUGUCCUGUCAGGUGUAAUAUUAUCUAAUGAUAUUUCUCAUACACUGUCUUCUCUCAAAAUAUCCUUGAACAACUUAAUUUACACUUUAAGUUAGAGUAGUUGUGAUUGCUCUUCUCGUAUGGUUUAAUUUUUUUUCUCACAACUGAAUAAGCAUAUGGAGCAGCUGACAAGGUGAUCUUAAUUCAAUGGUCACAUGACUGAGAUAAUACUAAAAGUCGAUCUUGGCUUCAGCUUGUUACUACAUUGUCACCAUUGUUACAAGGUAUAACCUCCACUCAGAAUUUUCACUCAUUAUGUUAAUCCAUGUCACAACGGUUGUUGAAGCUAGCCAACUACAAAGUUGCAUAACAGUUCACUACCUACUGAUGAAUAGUUUUGAGCUUAAUGUCUACAAGCUCUAAUAGAAGGCCUUGAUUUAUUUAGUUAGUCCGCUUGGAAGUAAAGACAGACACACACAGAUGAUAUGUGAUGAUAACGUUUGUACCAAGUGAUAUUAAAAAUCAUAGUGUUGUUCAGUUAAUAGAAUUGUGACGUCUCUGUUGUAAAACCUAAGGUAAGGGUUUAACUUCCAUUGUGUAUUAAAUCAAAGGUAGACCUUUUUAAGCAGUCAGAAACUAGAUUAAGAUAACCUCUGGACAUAUUGACUACAUAUUUUUCUGUAGUAAAAAAUUGCUAAAAUAAAAUAUAAUUGAUUUGGAGUAUUGGUGUAGUUGUUAAAAUACUUGACUUUCAACCACUGGGUUCUAGAUUGUACCCUUUUCCAUCUACUAUGAUUUCCGCAUUCGGGUUGCCUCAGUAGUGCUCCCAGGUAACGGACAACACAAACAUGUACUUGUCAAAUUAGUUUGAAACGCAAAUUGGUAUAACUUUCAGUUUACUUCUAAUAGGACAUUUCUGUAGACUGAAUGUAUUACAACUUUACUUAAUAUUCUAGUUGUAUGUAUCUCCAAAUAAUCCACUUUAAAAUACGGCGUCUCAUUUGUAAAAAAGGAUAUAUUUGUCAGAGGUAGAAAAACUAGCUAAAAUUCGGUAUCAUGAGAAUCUCAACAAAGCCCAUCAUAUUACUCUUGGAUGAUCAAUAGGUUUUUAUUGUGUAUAUUUUUCGUGAUUGACUGACACAUCGUUGUUAUUUUCUAUUUCAUCUCCUUUUGUUUCACUAGUCUUAUUGUCUUAAAGUAAAGGAAAUGGACGAUGAAGAGUAUGGUUUUGCUAUGGUUCAAGAACCACUAUAUCGUGUAGAAACUGGAAAUUAUGAAUACAGACUUGUUUUAAGAUGUCGACAGGAUGCACGUACACGGUUUGCUAAGAUGCGCAAUGAUGUUUUAGUAAAACUAGAAUUAUUGGAUAAUAAACAUGUACAAGAUAUCGUGUUUGAGUUACAACGUUUCAUCGAUGCUAUGGCCACCUACCAUGAUCAAUGUUAUGGUGUCAUGAAGCAAAUAAAAAUUUUUCCACUUGAAGUGGAUCUGGCAAGAGAUGCAUUUGCGUACAACCUAGGGAUUUUUAAUACAGGCGAAGAUGAAGGCGGUGAAGAUAUUGAUGAGGAUGUAAUCAACACUGAGUCAGUUGGAGAAAAAUCUGUCAGUAGCAAGUAUAACCAGUUAACUGACGAUGUCAAAUUAAUAGACCUGGCAGGAAUAAAUUCCAAAAGCCGAUAUUCUGAAAAUGAGGGUGAUGAUGAGGUGUUAGAUAUGAACAACUGGAACUCUUUAUCUACUUGGGGUCCUCAUACAGGUGACAGUAAAUCAAAUAAACAGGAGGCUGUUACAGACUUGCUUUGUUUUGACUAGUUAUCGUUCUGCUUUACAUCAUUAGUGUACAUAUACUAUGAAUACCUUUUUUAAUAAGUAUCUUUUGUAGUGAUUGUACUGCAUUCACUAAAAAUGUGAUCUAAUAAUGUGAUAUUUCUGCUUUGCUAAAUUCCAUGACUUAAUUUCGUUUAUUAUUCGGUUUUGUGUUUUUGUUCACUCUUUGUGGAACAAUACAUAUUAAUAAUUAUCAUACACUUCUCUUGCUACAGUUUGUUUCAUGUCUGAGGGGAGUGGUUGUGAUCAUGCAAAUAUUUUUAAUCUAAUAUAUUGUUGAACACUUUGUUCAUUCUAAUAAAAAGUUUCGUUACUUAUUGUCAUUUAUGGUUUUCUACAGAUAUUUUACUUGUGUACCAUUUGUAUAGCAGUCGCCUAUUUCUUCCAUCGAUCUGGAAAUUAAUAAAACCCGUGAGGAAAGGACAGACAGUAUUGUUACAAGUUGAUUACACCUAUUGUGACUGCUUUGAAUAUUUUUAAUAGCAAAAACUUUGAACAAUCUGCUACAUAGUAUUUAGUUGGAUAAAUACAAAACACAUUGGCUCAGGUUGACGCACUUCUCGACAGCAUACAAUUGAAAAGUCAAUAUAGACGUAAUAGCAUGGAAAUAAGGAACGUGUGAAAAAAUCGUUUCGGAUAAAUAAAACGUUCACUAUUUAUAGAAGGGUGAAAAGGUCUUCGGUCGUUUGCUUCCAUCACUUUGAGAAUUCUACUCAGGAAACCUGUACUGUUUCACAUAAACACAGACCAAAAGUUAGUAUUUUAAUGGAUUAUUCAUAUGCCUAGUUCAGUAACAUUGGGUGAAUAUACUCGUUUCCCUACGACUAUUUGUAUAUUGGCGAAAGUCCCUCAUAUCCAAUAUAUCAGUAUAGAGAACGCAUAAGCCAGCCAGCACAAUCAACUGCCUCACUCCUUAUUUUAAAAUGACGUGUUGAUGUUUAUUUUUGAAAUAAGCUUACAGGUGAGAGAUUCAUGUUUAGUAUCUCCAGGUUGUUGUUCAGUGCUUUUUGAAAAAGGGUUAUGAUGUCUUCAGGCUUCAAGUUGAGUAUAAUGUUCAUAAGCCUGAUACGACGACAGAAUGAAAAUAUUUCUGUUUGCUAAAUCAUACAGGUAGCUGAGAAUAUAUUACUACUACACUGGAUACUCUAUUGCUGCGCUACGUAGACUGGGUUAGCGACUAUACCAGAUACACGGUUUGUGACCCAAUAUAGAGAACCGGGGUAUGGACAGUACCUUAUGCAACACGACUACAAGCGGUAUGCAUUUAAAGUUUGGGGCAGAAAUCAAUGAUAGAAAGGAAAUUACAUGUUUGACAGUAAAUGAUCUAGUCUUUCCACGCUCAGUGGUUAAUCACAUCUUACUUUCACCGGCCGCAAAUCAGAGCUGUUUACGAAUUACUGAUAAUUUAGGUGAUACUAGACAUCCACGACAUUUUAUCUGUAAAAUCGUAUACACAACUGGUGAUUACUACUAUGUCAUAACCCCUCACAGUUAGAAAUUGGCAGAACUACAGAAAACACCCUGAAUCACCCUAGUUAAGUGAACAGUUACAUUUAGAAUAUUGUAUAUGUCGUAGGAACACAGCAAAUAUUCAUGGCCUGAGAUGUCAGUUUUGAAUAGCGUCUAUCUUAAUAGCCUUUUGGAUCCGGAAACCUCCAAAUGCGUUGGGAGGGGAAUGAAUAACAGAAGAGUAGUCAAUAGUAGAUAUUCGUGUCGUAAGCACACAGAAAUUAGUUUCCUAAGGAAUUCAGGAACCCCAAGUGUUUGCACAGACUUCCUGAGGAUAUUGAUUGUUUAGUCUAUCAUACAUUAAGGUCUAUGAAUGGGAGUGUUGGGGACGUUAGAUCCUCAAAACUCAUAUUUUGUAAUCUUAUCUUUGUGGAGCUUGUAUGCAGAUGUAUGCUUGGGCAUUUCUUACCACGCACGCACAUAGUCGAUUGACGAACUUAUCGAUUAAAUGUUUAAAAACUUCCAUGGCGAUGUCGAUUAUAUAUAUUUUGUAUAAAUACGCCUGAUUUGUGUGUUUGAUGAACCUGGUAUAUUCGGGUUGUCUGUAGAAUACACUUUCUACAUCUUACCAAGAAUUCUGGAUCGAGUUAGCUGAGUCGGAGACAACGGACCAGUAUAGCCUAUCGAGUCUCUGAAUCCUUGAUUUUUCUAUGCGUUCCGAGUAAGACGAAUCAGCAGUAGCAUUCAAGCUUAACGAACAUAACAAUUUGGCGACGUGGAUAUGAUUUGAACCCACGCGGUGAAACCUCAAUGGAUCGCUAAUCCAGAAGUCUUGGUAAGAUGUAGAAAGUGUAUUCUACAGACAACCAGAAGAUACCAGGUUCAUCAAGCAUACACCUGCACACAAGCUCCACAAAGAUAAGAUUACAAAAUGUGAGUUUUGGGACAUUAGUGGGGGUGGGCAUCAGUUUGAUAGGUUGGAUAUUCUCAGGAUCCGGUCUGCGGCCGUCGGCAUCGAAAACGAACCCGACUGCAAAUAAAACUGGCAUUUCUCUGAGCGUAACCGGAACCCGUUGUCACUGAUGCGUUGCAAUACCAAUGUCGUGCGUUCUCGUAGCUGUUCUAAUGUCAUCGCUACAAUUAGAAUGUCAUCUACAUAAGCCGCGACUCCCGAGAUACCUGGAAAAUAGAUGGGGCAGUUUUGACCCCGAAAGGUAGACAGUUAUACUGGAACAAACCACGAUGGGUAUUGAUAGUUAGCAGCUCUCUCGAUGCUUCAUCUACUUCCACUUGCAAAUAAGCAUCAGCUAGAUCCAGUUUAGCGAAAAACCUUCCCCCAUUCAGUAUGGUAAAUAGGUCUGCGGGAACAGGCAGGGGAUAAUGAUGUUGUUCCAGAGCUGAAUUGAGGCCUG